AUGCCCCCGGCCGCACCUGACGACCUCAUCCGCCAGCACAGCCGGUCCCUAGAAGACGACCACUCUUUCUCCCCGGAUCAGAACACCGUCGUUCAGGAGCAUGAACCAAGUGGAAAGAGUAAAAAGAAGAAGGCUAAAAAGGCCGCUAAAGCGGCCAAAGCAGCAACGGCAUCCCCGCCAGAUGAUGUGACGAAUACGUCGGUACCUGCAUCGGUACCUACGUCGGUGCCUGCCCAGGAAGAGCCGUCCUCAUGCCCUGACCAAGCUCUGGAUCUUGAUGGUUCCCUGGACGAGCACCAUGAUUAUCCCGACGAACGUCGAGCUCAUCCCAACGUAACCUCGCCCGUCCUCGACGCCCUGGGAUCAACCGAGGAAACCGCGGACCACGACCUUAACAGCCGCACCGACACCUGGGCUCAGUCCAUACCAUAUGGCAAGAGUCCUCCUACUGAUUUGAUUGAUGGAGAUCUUCCCCAGGAAUCACCAAUCAGCUUUCCUACAAUUCAGGAAAGAGGGGGCUUCAGCCAACCUUCCUCGGCUUCUCCUCCAACUCGAAUCCGACCUUUUAGUUACGGAAGCGGUUACCGAAGCAGUAUGCACUCCAGACAGCAAUCGGUAGAUAGGCGAAAGAGCCAUUCUUAUGGAAGUCCCAUGAGUAAUCUGGCUCCACCACCUCAUAUGCCCCAGGCCCAUUUCUACGGAGCGCCAGACAUCGAUCUUCCAACCCAGAAACUUCCUGCCACGGAUGGGGCCCACUCAUUCUGCGCCUUCGAUACUCUCCCAAGUGCGUCGUCCAAGGCACCACGAGCGUGUAUGAAUGUACUUCUGGUGGGAACCGAUGGCGGUGUGGAAGUACACGCCAUCGAAGACCGUCGAACUCGUCUUGUCGGGCAGAUAACAGGCCUCAAUGGUCGAAUUCUCGAGGCAAAGAUUUUACCGGGUCACAUAUCCAAUGAUCUACUUGCUUCGCCCCAACCCCACGUGGCUGUGAUCAUUCAUGGACCACUCCCACCGAACGAAGAAGAAGGUCGCGUUUCGUCUGCUGCGUCUGAGAUGAACGAUGUUCCACCUUCGAUGGCACGUGGUCCCUCCAAUGAUAGACGCUCAGCCAGAGACGACAAGUCAUUUUACCAGACCAGAGUUGAGGUCUACUCCCUGCGAUCGGGUGAUCACCUUGCAACAUUAUUUGCAGGCAAACCGGUCCCGUCAUUGGAGAAUCUUCCGGGUCUCCCGUCCUUGGCACCUUCGCCUGUGGGGAGCCUGAAACUCUUCAGCAGCAGAAACUAUGUAAUUGUUGCCUCCGGAAUCAGUGGGGAGGUCUACAUCUUCAAGCAUUCCUCUUCUGGGACAUAUCAGUGCUUGGGCAAGACUUGGACCAACGUUCAGACCGGAGAAGCUCGUCGUUACUCCACCUCCUCGAGCUCUACUGAUCCUGAUGGGUCUCACCAUGACCUGCCUCGUACCUCCAUCUCCGAGAGACCAAUUCUGGCCGUGCAGGGAAGAUGGCUGGCGAUGGUACCUCCGUCCUCCUCUUACCGUGCAUCGAUUCAGGGGAUCGUCCCUCCGAGUUUGCUGCAUGGCAAAGUUCACGGAAUGGAGACUCGCAGUCCACCAACUGUGCCAUCGGUCAACUGUGCGACGGAUGUAGGCGAUGGAGAGAGCAUCUUCGAUAAAUUUGCCAGGGGUGUUACACAGGAGCUGGUGAAAGGCGCCCGUUGGAUGGGUGAUCAAGGCCUUCAAGCGUGGAACAAUUACUGGAACAAUCAGCAAGGUACUGGCACGCCUCCGCCACGGCCCAUACGAACCACGGACGCCCAAGCUCAGGGUUAUGGUCUCUUUCCACCUACCCAUGCACAGGAUACCCAGACCAUUUCAUCGUCUGAGCCCGAUGCAGUCUCCAUCCUCGACCUGAAGAGAUUCGAUGACGGAAUGGAUGCGAAGGCUGUUCCCUUCCACCCUGUGGCGACUUUCCAGGUUCCCAAUGGUUGCAGUUUCCUUUCGCUCUCUCCUAAUGGCUUGAUGCUGUUCACAGCCAGCAAGAAAGGUGAUGUUCAAUACGUUUGGGACUUGAUGCAACUCAGACAUUGCCGAGCUAUGGCUUUCAUGGCUGAAGAUCAGGCUGGCCAAAGCCCCAAUGUGCGACAGGUCGCACGAUACGCCCGGUUGACCACGUCUAGUAUCGUUGAUGUCAUUUGGACUGCUCCUCUCGGGGAUCGACUGGCCAUAAUCACUCGUAAAGGCACCAUUCAUGUGUUUGAUCUGCCUCGAAGCGCCUUCCAGUGGCCUCCUUUCCGGCGAGCUCGACCUGCGGGGAAGAAGUCGCCUAAAGUUGACCCGAUCGGUGAUGAUCCUGUAGGACAGGGGCCCGCUGGAAACCCGUUGUCGGCAGCAAUGAAUUUUGUCGGUGGCAAGACACAGCCAUUUUUCUCUGUCGUCAAAGGUCGUGUGCCGUCAACUGGUACUGCAUUCCCUAAAGUAAGUGGGUUCGCACUACCGACUGCCGCGAGUAUCAAGGGUGGUAAGGUUGUUGCGGCUGGCCUCAGCAAGUCCAUGGGUGCAGCAGCGUCAGGUACCGUCCAUUCACUUCGGCAUGUGGGAGAAAAUCGACUUCACUUGUCUGGCCUCGCCCGUCACCCGGCCCCUUCUCGCGUCAUUUGGAUUUGCAGCAAAGGACACAUUUUCCUGGGCAUGGUUGAUGAUGGGCACUUCAAAUUGUACCGUCUAAAGCAAGCCGCAAAUGCCCACAAGAGUCGCCAAUUCCAUUCCGUUGUCGGUGGGAAAGAGAGUCAAUUCAAGCUUCCUGCCAUUUUUCAAAGUGUCUGUGGGCCGGCACCUCUCCUCGCACACGACCCGGGACAGGUAGUCCAGGCGUCUCUGCUCUUGCCAUCUGUCAGUUCGCAGCCAUCCAAUGCUGGGAAGGCUUUUUGCCAGCCGCUCUCACAGGCAGAGAUUGAGACGAACACACCGUACCAGCCUUUCCAUACGGACCAGCGAGUUGGUCUCCACGUUUUUACCUCUGAAGCAACUGACCCAACCAUGUUGGCCCCUGUUGACCAAUGGGUCUUUGGCAAUGAUAUUUCGACAACCAAGGUGCACGUGAGAUCGUACAGCAACAGUGGUGAUGAUCAGGGUGAUGAUGAGGACGAAAUGGGCGCCAUCCACGGCCACUCCUUUGGCGCAGGCGGCGACAUGGAGAACCUCAUCUCUCUCGGGAACAGCACCGGCAACGUCGAGGAAGUGGUCAUCACCACCCGACGCAAGAAGAAGCAUAGCACUCCACUCAAGGCGGACGACGGUUUCUUCGAGGACGAUUGCGAGGUUCUCGACUUUGCACGAGACCGAGUUUGA